CUACAACUCCCAUGAGCCCAUGUGACAAGGAAGAGUGAGACUUCAGAUUCAGACGUGUUCAACAGGAAACAGGAGUUUGUGUGGAAGCAGAAGACCUCCUAUAAAACAUAAACCGCUGCUUAUUAGCAAAAAUGCACCGAUUAGAAAUCUGUUUUAUUAAGUGACACAUUUUCCACCGAGUUUGUAUAAACAAGAAACCAACAUGGGUACAGGUUUUGCCAUUGUUCUUGUCUUUGUCGGAUGCUGUAGCAAUGUGGUGUCUCUGGAGCUGCUUGUAAGAGAGUUUCCAGGAUGUGGCAACAUAGUCACCUUCACUCAGUUCCUCUUCAUCGCGUUAGAAGGUUUCAUCUUUGAAACAAACUUUGGAAGGAAGAAACCAGCGAUCCCUGUAAGAAACUAUGUGAUCAUGGUGACCAUGUUCUUCACAGUCAGUGUGAUCAACAACUACGCUCUCAACUUCAACAUCGCCAUGCCGUUACACAUGAUCUUCAGAUCAGGAUCGCUAAUCGCUAACAUGAUCCUGGGAAUAAUCAUCCUGAAGAAAAGGUAUUCAGCCAGUAAAUAUCUGUCUAUAGCUUUAGUUUCAGCUGGUAUCUUCAUCUGCACCAUCAUGUCUGCCAAGCAAGUGAAUGUGGCCAAUGAAGGAUCAGAAGAGCAAGGUUUCAAUGCCUUCAUGCACUGGCUUAUAGGUAUUGCCAUGUUGACCUUUGCUCUGCUGAUGUCUGCGAGGAUGGGUAUUUUCCAGGAGACGCUGUACAAGCAGUAUGGAAAACACUCCAAGGAGGCUCUCUUCUAUAAUCACUGCCUGCCUCUGCCGGGCUUCCUGCUUCUCUCCACAAACAUCUACAACCACUGUGUCUACUUCAGUCAGAGCACUCCUGUAGUUGUUCCCGGGGUUGGACUGACUGUGCCGAUCAUGUGGAUCUACCUGCUGGUCAACGUCAUCACACAGUAUGUGUGCAUCCGUGGUGUGUUCAUUCUGACCACAGAGUGCGCCUCGCUGACGGUCACUCUGGUGGUGACCCUGAGAAAGUUCCUCAGCCUCAUCAUCUCCAUCAUUUACUUCCAAAACCCCUUCACCACCUGGCACUGGGUGGGCACGGCCGUGGUCUUCCUGGGCACUCUGCUGUACACGGAGGUGUGGAGCAGCGUGCGGGCGGCUCUGCGUGGCCCCGACGUCAAGGAGAAGAAGGCAGAGUGAAGAAAAAGAAGGGACUGGUGGUCGAAUAGAAAAAACAGCCACUGUGUUGGACUUGGAGAUUGUUUGUGGUCGACUGUCCUGCAGCGAUUUUAUGCAGUUAUGUCAUUUUGUUUUCAUACUUUACACAUCAUACAGUAGGCCGUAAUAGACCCCUCUCACACAAACACACAGCGGUUUAAAGGAUAAGGCUGUUGAUAUUAUCUAUUUUCAUUAUUGUACAUAAAUCCCAGGAAACAGUCUGUUAGUGCAUAUCAAUACUUUAAGACCUCCCAACCCUCUCUGUGUCACUCAGGAUAAAGGACUUUUAUUCCUGUUGAAUCUUUAAAGCAGCUAUUUAUUAACAAUGGAUCACAUACAGACUACUUAAAUGUGGAAGGUGUCACUCGUAGUGAUGAACUUACAGAGAAUUAUCACCUGACUCUGCAGUUCCUCGCAGCUUUACGGAGCUGUGAGUUUCAGCUCAUUUUUUAGCUUCAACUUUACUGUUUUGGUUCAGUCUCACCGCUUUUAUAGCGUCGUUUUUGGCCCCACUGUACACUACCUGCUCAGCAACAGCAGACAGACAACGUUAACGCCUAGCUGGUGAACAUAGUGGAGACUUUAGCAGCUGAAGAGACAGAUAUUUCCUUCAGGAGUUGGUGGAGACCAAAAACGGAGUUAAAAGAAAGUGAAUAUUGGACUCGCAUUCAUCAGGUUGCCACAAACACGACUAUAUGAAUGAUAAUGUUGCUCCGUAACUGCUGGAUGUGUAAAUAAGCAACUGUUUGCUAACAGUUUCACCAUAUAAACUUAAAAGGUGAUGUCUAGAGCUGCAGCAAUUAGUCGAUUAGUUGAUCGAAAGCAAAUGAAUCGGCCAAAUUAAUUUGAUAAUCAAUUAAUCGUUAAAGUCAUUUUUUUAAGCAAAAAUCACAAAGAUUUGAUGGUUUCAGGUUCUCAAAUGGGAGAAUUUGCAGCUUUUUUAAUAGUAAAUUUAAUAUUUUUGGGCUUUGGAUGGUUGGUCGGACAAAACAAGACAUUUGAUGAUGUCACCUUGUGCUCUAGGAUAAUGAAAAGAAUCGUUAGUUGCAGCCUUACUGUAGAUAUGUCAGUGUUGUGUUCACAGCUUGUUUCUUGUGGCCAAAAAAAACAACUUAAAAACUGGUCUCAAAUAUGUAAUAACAUUUUUUAAGAAGGUUAAAUAAUUUCUUAAAACAGCUGGAAACUGUUUUUUUAGCAAGUGUUACUCAAACAGGAGUGAAUAGUGCAUGUUUUGGGGACUAUUUUCAGCUGCAGAUUAAUACACUAUUCAUCCUAGCGACUUGAACGUGUGACUCAGUGAUGUGUUUUUAAUAGUUUUUGGACAACAAUGAAAUUCUUUGGCACAGAGGAAUGAGGAAUAUCAGGCUUUGAUCAAUUCAUUGUUGGUUUUGGUCUUUAAAUGGGAUUUGUUGAUAAUAAAAAUAUAGAUAGAAAAUAUAGAGCAUCACCAGCCCUGUUCUUUCCCAUUAGUACCUCAUAAGCAUCCACAGAUGCAAAAUCAUGGUGCAACUUUCUUUUGUCUGUAAUGUUUGAAUAUUUAUUUUCUAAAAGUGCUAAUUUACUCCAUAUUGGUAUUGAUGCUAACGUUCAUCCAGUAGGUUUACACUGAACACAGUGAUGUAUUAUUUAGUUACAGACUGUUUGAAUAUACAGAGGGAUAAUUUAUGGAGAUGCUGUAGUGGCUGUAAUUGUUUUCUCAUGUGUCAAAUUGUCUCAGGUGUACUGGACCAGUAUGUUGUCAACAGGAAACAUUACCUGUACAAUAAAUCUUUACACUCCCUGCCCACUGAAAUUAAAAUGACAACCUGGCUACAAACAAUGA